UUCCGUCUCGCCGCCGCGCUCCUGUCCGCCCUCUACCUUCGAUUCCGCACAACCAUUCCCGGCACCGCGGGUGCUCAUCUCUGUUCGCUGUGUGAGCCGACGCCACCGCUUCCUGCUUCCUUCCGUCCUCUAUUUCCCUCGGGUUGCGAAGCAAUCUCCAUUCCACCUCUCGAGCGUCAAGAAAUUCAUUGAUGGUAGAACCUCAACACAUCAACUGCAAAGCUAAGAAAAAAAAAGAUAAAGGCGCGAUCUUUUCUCUAUUUUCCUCUUGACGGUGUAAAUCUCCUUUGAUCCUUCACUCCAUUCUAUCCGGUCUGAUUUUUUUUCAUGAUUUUCCGGGAUCAGAAACUGUUCGACGAACCCUCCUCAGAGAAAUCUUAUGUUUUUGGGCAUCCGGUGCUAUUGGCACCUCCCGAAGAAAGGCCUUUGCAGCUCAGGUUUCUCCCUUAGGAGUCCAAUAAGCUUCUUCCAUUGCCAGACAAACCCAGCGCGUCGGUGUUCAUCAGAAUCGUGCGUCAAAAUUUCGGCAAUAUUUCCGUCACCUACCCAAGCAUUACUGAAGUCUUCUUGCAGGAUACAAAGAGUUCUGGAAUCUAGAGAAGAGUGGUCGGAGUUGGUGGAGAUUGAAUUACAGAAGCUUAACAUUGAGUUAAAUACAUAUAUCGUUAACCAAGUGUUGAAGAGCUUGUCAAAUUCUUAUACAGCCUACCAAUUUUAUAAGUGGACGGAAUGCCAACCUGAUUUCAGGCAUGAUCAUUUCACAUUUAAGACCCUCGUCUCCUUGUUGCUCGAAGAUCAAAAUUUUGGCAUUUUGUCAGAGGUUUUGAAAGGAAUAAGUGGCAAUGAAAUUACAGUGCACCGCUCUGUUUAUCGAAUUAUUAUUUCAGGAUUCAUUAGAUCUGGCCAGAUUAACUUAGCUAUUCGUACAUUUGAAGCUAUGUUUGAAUCAGGCUGCCGUAUGUUCAGUAUUGAUUUUAAUAAAUUUAUUGGUGUAUUAAUUUCAAACAAUUGUUUUGAUACUGCUGAAAAAUACUACAAUAGGAUGAUAUUGGAUGGAUUUACUUUGAACUCAUUUACCUACUCAAGAUUUAUUUCUAGUCUGUGUUUAGUGAACAAUCUUCUGUUUGCUGAGAAACUUUUGCAAGAUAUGGAUAGGAUUCAUUUGGUUCCAGACAUCUGGGCCUAUAACAUAUAUUUGAAUUGCUUAUGCAAGCAAAAUCGGUUGGAAGAAGCUGUAGAAAUUCUUCGUUCAAUGUCCCAGAAAGGAAGAGAGCCGGACAUUGUCAGUUACUCAACAGUAAUCAAUGGUUUCUGCAUUGCUAAACACUUCUCUACUGCCUUAGAGCUAUGGGAAGAAAUAUUCAAGAGGGGCAUCAAGCCAGCUGUCUCGGCAUCUGGUCCAUUAAUUUUUGGUUUGUGUGAUAAUGGAAAGGUUGAGGAAGCUUAUGAAAUAAUGAUUGGAAUGAUAAAGAUGAAUGCUGAGCUAAAUGUUACGAUUUAUAAUGCUAUCAUAUGUGGAUUCUGCAAAGUUGGUCGAUUUGAUAAGGCCCAAGUGCUAGUGUCUUACAUGCGAAGAAAUGGUUGUGAACCUGACUUGGUCACUUGUAACAUAUUCUUGAAUCAUUACUGCGAUAGAGGUAUGCUCAAUGAAGCAUGGAAACUGAUGAAAAGAAUGGAAAAUAGUGGAAUAAGUCCAGACAAAUAUAGUUAUUCUCAAGUGCUGAAGGGUCUUUGCAAGACUAAUCAACUUGAUAGGGCAUAUUCUUUGAUCACGGAAUGCAUGGAGGUAAAAGGAUUAUGUGAUGUGGUAUCCUGCAACAUUGUUAUAAAUUCAUUUUGCAAGACCAGAAAAUUGGGAGCUGCUUUUAAAUUGUGUAAAGAGAUGAGUAAUAAAGGAAUCUAUCCAGAUGCUAUUUCUUAUGGUCUUCUAAUUCAAGGAUUCUUCAGGGUUGGACAUGCCCUUCAAGCUCAGGAGUUGUUUCACCAAAUGCUUGAGGUUGGUGUUGUUCCAAAUGUGAAUACAUAUAACACAAUAAUACAUUACUUGUGUAGAAAGGGUGAGAUAGAAGCUGCUCGCACAUAUUUUUUUGACAUGGUUAAGAAAGGGCUAUCCCCUAAUGCAAUUUCCUAUUCUACUCUCAUGCAUGGGCUCCUGAAAGCAUUUAAAAUAAAUGAAGCUAUCAGUCUAUUUCAUGAUAUGUGCCAGAAUGGAGUUAUGCCUAAUGAAGUGACGUUUACAUUAUUGAUUCAAGGACUUAUGGAGGAUGGGAAAUUUGUCCUAGCUCAUAAGAUCAGGGAUUAUAUGAUGGAAAAGGGAUUUGAACUUGACAAAACCCUUUCUGAAAGACUGAUUGUUGCAAUGAAGUCCAAGGACCCAGAAGCCAGUGUCUGAGAGGCCUCAAUCAUAUUUGAGCAGAAAAAACUGCGAAUACACUGCUCCAGGUUCGUGAAAAGGUGUCAUCUCAAAUAGGAGCUUAAUGCCUGUUAUGAUUGCCAUAGAAUGAAGAGAUUGAUCAGGUGUCUUUCAGCUUAACAUCCAGAAGACAUUUUGAAUCUCACAUGAUGGCAGAGAGGCUUGGGAUGAGUUACAUCGGGGUGAAGAAGUACAUGGGUCCAUUUUUACCAUAACACCUGUGGGUGUCUACUUGUGACAAACGUACUAUUGCUGUGGCACGGUGGGGAUCUGCAUUUGUUCUAUUCACAUACAUAGCCAGGAUGGUUUGAAGGGGUUACAUAGCCAGGAUGGUUUGAAGGGGUUAACUAAUGCUUAAAAGAUUGUGAUAAUCAAUGCAAACUACAUGGCAAAGCAUCUAGAGAAGUAUUGUCCUAUUCUUUUGAGUAGUCAAAGGAAUUGUUGCCCACAUAUUCGUUAUAGUCUUGAGGGGGUUCAAGGUGAUUAAAAUCAGCAUGGUGCCAUCUGGUAAUUGCCCUUGCUACGCUUAUGAUUCUGAUAAUUAUGGAGAUUUGAAGUUUUUUUGGACAACUGCGGGUAUUUAGCCUGAAGAUGUUGCCUAACGCUAAUUUAUUAUGGAUUCCAUGCACCAAGAAUGUUUUUGCAGUGCCAGGGAUGCUCAUGAUUGAACCGACGACAGAGUGAAAUCAAGGUAUUCUACCAUAUUUUUGCUUACUAGCUCACCAUCGGUCUUUAACAAUGCUGUCUUCCCUUGCGGUGGUCAACAGAUUCAGUGGCACUCUUAUUUCGUUAAAGGAACAAAUUGCUGGAAAAACUGAUAUUAAUAACAAUGUUCUGAAGGUACAAGGAGGAUUUAAAACUGGAUCCUUGGGACGGUGCGAUAAUUAAGACAUGGAGUAUUAUCAUAUGAGGUCUUGGGGUUAAAAUUUGGUGUGUCCGAGCAUGUUUCCCUCCCUUGCUUUGCCACUUGCACUAAUGACUAGUAGUCAUCUGUGAUUUAUCUCCGUGUUGGUUUAGGGAUGAAUUGACGGGGGUGCUAGAGGCGAGCAAAUCAUCUUUUAUCACACAAGGAGUAUUUAAAACUAUUCAUAUUAAUCUUAGUUCUUUGACAUAGUUGAUAUGUUGGAGCAUUUGCCAUUUAGUAUUUUCUCUCACGAAAUUAACACAAGAAACCAAUCAGAUGUUCACCCUCCACUGCUUAUGGGCGACACAUCGAAUAAACCCUAGACCAAGGCCUUGCUGCUUGGUUCCGAGGCACCAAGUUCUAGCCCACUACAGCUGUAAAUGCAUAAGAUAAUGGAGGGAGUUUUCUUCUCUGGUUACCCCAUCGACCAACACUGUACGUAUCCAAAUGUGGAAUUUCUUGCUCCUAUGCCAAAGCUACCACAACACUUUCUCCUGUCAUAACAUGCCGCCCUCUGCAGCAUAUUCGAAGCUCGGUUACAUGACAUUCUGUCAAGUUACAAGUCCGAUGCUUCUCAUUAGUAUAGCUUUAAAUUUCAUACCCUUGAGACUUUUAUUUUGAGCACAGUCGAUCCAUUAAGGUGAAGUGAUUAUAUAUACUCGAAGGUCUCAGGAACGAAUAGAUGCUUUCUAACUUUCA